UGUAUAUCAGGUAAUUCUAAUGCAAGAAGCCCAUUUAAAUUCAAAGAAUUCAUUUAAACUUGCAUUGAUUCCUGUGAUAAAACUGGACAUCUUACAAUAUUUUAGCCCUUGCAAUUCCCCUCGCGUAGUUUUUGCUGCAGACCAUAUUUCGAGAUUACUCUGGACUUUUCUCCUCCUAACGGAUCAUGCAGGCAUCCAUCCUCCCCGUUUUUGCUGUGGUACAGUCGCAGCUUUUUCUCUAUGGCGCAGCUUCACCUGGAUGCUGCUAGAAUGUCCCGUCGCGGGUGAGGGAGGGGUAUCUGCACGAGUCUUAACUGCGUUAUUUUGGAAUUACAUCACAACAUCGUCAGAGAGUGUUUGAGCAGGCAAGAAGAGCACCAUCUGUCCGACGUCUUUUCUCACAGUUUAGCUAAACUCCGCAAGAACUGCGACCAUCAAGAAAGCAGACACCAGAGCCCCAUUGACCGGUUGGCAUACAGAACAAGAUAACCUACUGCGAGACGACAGACAGACACCAUGACACAGGGCAAGCUGUCACUUGCAAACAAGGCCACCGAUGGCUCCCCCAGUGGACAAGUUUUAGUGUCACCAACUCCUCCCAGCUAUGAGGAAGCCACUGCAGGCACCAGUGCUCCUUGCUACAGUGAUGGUGACAUGCUGACAGAGUUCACCUGGGAUGAUCGCAACAUCAGGAGGGUCUUCAUCCGUAAGGUGUACGCCAUCUUGAUGAUCCAGCUUUUGGUCACUCUCGCUAUUGUGUCUCUUUUCACAUUCUGUGACCCUGUGAAGGACUACAUUCAAACCAACCCUGGGUGGUACUGGGCCUCUUACGCUGUGUUCUUUGUCACAUAUCUGACCCUGUCUUGCUGCUCUGCACCAAGGAGACAGUUUCCAUGGAAUCUGAUUCUGCUAGGUAUCUUUACCCUCUCGCUGUCCUACAUGACAGGGAUGUUGUCCAGCUUCUACAACACAAAGUCAGUGGUGAUGUGUCUGGGCAUCACAGCAGCAGUCUGUCUCCUAGUCACAAUCUUCAGCUUCCAAACUAAGUUUGAUGUGACAUCAUACCAAGGUGUGCUCUUUGUGUUCUGCAUGGUCAUGUUCAUCUCUGGACUGGUGUUGACGCUUGUCCUUCCCUUUCAAUAUGUACCCUGGUUGGAUGCCACCUAUGCUGCCUUGGGAGCCAUACUGUUUACCAUGUUUUUGGCAUUUGACACGCAGCUCCUCAUGGGAAACAAACGCUACGCCAUGAGUCCAGAGGAGUACGUCUUCGCCACUCUCAACCUCUACCUAGAUAUCAUCUAUAUCUUCUCCUUCUUCCUCCAAAUCUUUGGAACAAAACGAGAAUAAACUAUCGCUCCACCUUU